AUGGGAAGUUGCCAGUGUCGUAAAUUUUGUGAAUCUGAUCCAAUCAAUUCCAAUCUACAUAUACAAGAAAUUGCUACAAAUGAUGAUUAUAGGGUUAAUAAUUAAGAAGGAGCAGCCAAAGAUUUGUUCAUAAAGAUAAAGACUUGGCAGAAAGAAUCAUUUUCACUUUUUGAUUAUGAAAACUAGAGUCAUUUAAAAGAGUAGAACUUUUAAAUAAGUAAGGGAGGGUACUUAAUUAAAAAUAAUAACGAAUUAUAAUGGAUCGAUGAUGAUGUAGAUUGGAAUAAGAGUGUAAUUAAAUAGGAACAGAUUCUAUUCAGAAUUGAUAAAAAUGAAGGAAUUUUCAGUAUAAUAAAUAAAAGAGGAGAAUGUAAAUAAAAUUAUGAAGACGACAAGUAAGAAUAAACUACCAAGUAUCAUGGAGAUAAUAAAGACUUUUAAUAAUCGGAAAAUCUGGAUUAAUUGGAGGGGGAUGAAUUUCAUUAACCUAAUGACAUAAUUAAGAAGUACAGUCAUCAUCAAAAAAUCAGUAUGAGUUAGAGAACUAAUACUAAAUUGAUGGAAAAAGGGAGUAAAUUGUGGCUGGUGGUAAGAUCUAUCCAGUAAAUGAUGAGCAACAAUGGGAUUAAAUUAAAGGAAGGGGAUGUCAUAAAGAUGGGGAGAGUGAAAUUUAAGAUCAGAGAAAUUCAGUUAAAUUAAAGAUAAUUGAUAUAAGAUUCAGAUUCUGCAAAAUCUAGUUAAUCAGAUGCCAUUACAUGCAGAGUCUGUUGCAGUAGUGCAUAUAGCAGAUCGAAUCCACUUGUAAAUCCAUGCAAAUGUACUGGCUCUAUUAAAUAUAUACAUCUUAACUGUUUAAAAAAAUGGUUGAAGUCUAAAUUCCAAACAAAAUAGAGUGAUCAUUGUGUCAUUUAUAUGUGGAAGAACUUGGAAUGUGAAUUAUGUAAAUUUAAUUAUCCACCCAUUUUCAAAAGUGAUGAAGGAAUAUUCGAUUUAAUAGAAUUGAGUAAACCUACUGAAUACCCAUAUAUUUUGAUGGAAAUCACUCAGAAACGAUAUGAAGAAAUGUAAGAAAACAACAUGAAUGAAGAUACUUAAUGGAAUUAAUGUAAUGGAGUCUAUAUUGUUUCUUUUGAAAAUAAUAAUAAUGGUUAAGUCAAAUUUGCAAGAUCUAAUGAAUUAAAAAUAGGCAGAGCAAAUGAAACAGAAAUUCGAGUGAACGAUAUAUCAGUAAGCAGAAAUCAUGGAACAAUUAAAUUAAUAGAUGGAUAAAUUUAUUUAACCGAUAAUAAAUCUAAGUUUGGAACAUUAAUUCUCAUUCAAUAAGGUGUAAUUCCCUUAAUUCCAGAACUAAAUGGUAUAGAAAUGCAAGUUGGAAGAAGUGUUUUAUAAUUUACUCUUGGCAAUAGCAAUGCCAAUUAGUAAUCAUAAUAAUAAUAAUAUUUAGAAUCUGAAAUUUUCGAUAAAAUAAUUGGUAGAAACUUUGAAGAUGAAGAAUUUGAUUAUCUUUAAUGAACUAAUAAUAAUUUAUGUUUAACUUUAUAAUAACCUAAUCAUUAAAGAA